CUCGAUAUGGAGCCAGUUUUACUCGUACACGGAGGGGCAGGUGACAUCAGGGAUUCGAGGGUACCGGAUAAGAUAAAAGGUGUAAAAUUGGCGGCUAAAGCAGGUUAUAAAAUAUUGAAAAAUGGCGGAACCGCGUUGGAUGCCGUGGAGGCGGCCGUGCGAAUCAUGGAAGACGACGAAUCUAUGAACGCUGGUAGGGGUUCCGUUUUGAAUUUGGACGGUGAGGUAGAGAUGGAUGCCAGUAUUAUGGAAGGUUCAACUCUUUCGGAAAUAGGAGGGAAAGAUGUUGAGAAUCCAGGAGAAGUAGGCACAGUGGGUGCAGUUGCAAUUGAUAGUAAGGGUCAUCUAGCUGCAGCAACCUCUACAGGAGGUAUCAAUGGAAAAAUGGUCGGUAGAAGCAGCGAUACCUCUCUGAUAGGUAGUGGGACAUACGCUGAUGAUGAAAUCGGUGCUGUAUCAAUAACAGGACAUGGAGAUUCUAUAAUAAAAUUCUAUCUGGCUCACGCCAUCUUGAAGGAUAUCGAAAAAGGAUCUGAAGCUCAAGAAGCAACUCGAUCGAUUCUGGAAAAGAUGACUGAGCAACUUAAAAAUACUGUAGGAGCCAUAACGAUUUCUAAAACUGGAGAAGUUGGAAUUGGAUUUACAAGUAAAAGGAUGGGGUGGGCUUAUCAGAAAGCUGAUACCAUCUUUUUUGGAAUUGAACACGAUGAAGUACGAUCUGAGAAAGUUGUUGAUGAAUGAAUUGUAGAUUAUGCACGAGAAUAAAGUAAAAAUUUAGGA